UGUAUGUACAUUGUAUAGGCCUAACUAACGUGUAUUUAAUGAAUUCUGAUCUAGGCUAUCGAGAUUAAAUUAAUUAAAACUCAAACUUUGAACUAUAUGCCUAUUUUAAAAUCAGAAUCAUGAGUAAUGAUAAAAGUGAUCAUAAGACUGAAGUGGUAGACAACGCUUGGGAAAUGAAAAUUCCAGAGUUUAAACCCGAACAUAACCCUCAUGGAAUGCUUGAAGAGAGUUCAUUUUCUGUGUUAUUUCCUAAAUACCGUGAGCAAUAUUUGAAACAGUGUUGGGAUUUAGUUCAAAAUGUUCUGAAUUCUUACCAUAUCAAGGCAGAAUUGGAUUUAGUCGAAGGCAAGAUGUUAGUCAAAACAACAAGAAAAACCUGGGACCCAUAUAUAAUUUUAAAAUCAAGAGACAUGAUUAAACUUCUUGCCAGAAGUGUCCCAUUCGAACAGGCGCAGAAAGUUCUUCAGGAUGAGUUUGGCGCAGAUAUAAUAAAAAUUGGAGGAAUGGUAAGGAAUAAAGAAAAGUUUGUUAAAAGAAGACAACGCAUAAUUGGUCCAGCAGGAUGCACUCUAAAAUCAAUUGAAUUGUUGACCAAUUGUUACAUUCAAGUUCAGGGGCAGACUGUGGCAGCUCUUGGUCCGUACAAAGGGCUGGUUCAUGUGAGAAAAAUAGUGACUGAUACCAUGAAUAACAUUCAUCCUAUCUACAACAUCAAACGGCUCAUGAUUCAAAGAGAACUCGCUAAAGAUCCUAAACUUUGUAAUGAAAACUGGGAGAGGUUUUUGCCAAAAUUCGCCAACAAGAACAUCAGCAAAAGAAAACAACCCAAAAACAAAAAGAAUAAGAAACCCUACACACCAUUCCCGCCGUCUCAACCAGAAAGCAAAGUAGACAAAUUGUUAGCAUCAGGCGAAUAUUUCCUGAAGGAAGAUCAAAGGCGAAAAAGAAAGAAUGAAAUAAAGGAGAAGAAACAGCAAGAAGCAAACAAGGCCCGACAAGAAAGAAGGAACAAGGCAUUUGAACCACCAGAUGAAUCUAAACUCAAAUUACCCUCAAAAUCGGGGAAAGCCAAGGAUUCAACAAAUAUAGAUAUUGAAAAAAUCAAGAACAAUGUCAAGAAACUGAAGAAAAAAGGACAGAAAUCACCCAAACAAAAAGGAAAAGCUUAAAAACUUGUAAUCAUCUUUGUAUUAUUUGUAAGUUUGACAUUGCAGUAAAACUCGUUUUAUGAAUUUAAA